AUGAGCCAACAGCUAUCCCCGGUAAGGAAUGCAGACCGUGUUGUUCAUGUUCCAGAUGAAUACGAAGUUAUUGGUGAAGCGCAAUGGCAAUUAUUGGAAAAUACGCCAGAAGACCAGGUCGUCAAGGUAUAUGGAUUGGAAUAUUCGAAAUUUCGCGCCUUCAUGUUCCAUUCGGUGUGCGCGAUGUUAUGCGGACUGCCGUAUUUCGUGCUAUCCUACUAUCCAAAAUUACACGGUUUGAAAUACGUGAAGUGCAGUUUGAGAACGGCUAAGAAAUUAUGUGUAACGGAAGGUGAAGAUAAGUUUUAUAUUGAGAAGGUUCAUGAAAUGGAUCUGAAUCUGGCCAAUCUUCGGGAUAACAAGUUGCGGUAUUUCAUUUACGAGCACAGCCGAUAUGUCUGGCUUAAAGAUAAUGGAAGUUUCGUGAAUGUUUUGUCUUUGAACGAAAAGCUUACUGUUAAUUUGCUCAUGGACACUUUGAAUGGUAUCAAUAAGAGGCAACAAAAUGAACUAAUGAAAUUAUAUGGUUGUAAUUCUGUGGAAGUCGAAGUGAAGAACUAUUGGACACUAUUCGUCAAUGAAGUAUUCAACCCAUUUUAUUUAUUUCAAAUAUUUUCUAUUAUCCUUUGGUCGUUGGACGAGUAUUAUCAAUAUGCAACAUGCGUUUUCCUCCUUUCUGCUACCUCGUGUAUGAUGGCACUAUACCAAACCAAACAGAUGAGUAGAAACCUGCAUCGCAUGGCCGGUUCGACUAGUUCAUUCACGGUGACUGUACUACGACCAACCAAGCACGGUCGUGAGGAGUGUGUUGUGAACGCUAGCCGUCUAGUGCCUGGUGACGUCAUGGUGCUGCCACCUGACGGAUGCGUCAUGCCAUGCGACGCCAUGCUGGUCACUGGCACGUGCAUCGUCAACGAAUCCAUGCUGACUGGUGAGAGUGUGCCUGUAAUGAAGGGCCCACCAUCCAUGUCCCAAGAGGUUUAUUCAACCGAAACCCAUAAACGGCAUACACUGUUCGCCGGCACUUAUGUCAUUCAAACCAGAUUCUAUGGCAACCAUCAGGUUCUAGCGAAAGUUGUACGGACAGGAUUCUACACAGCCAAAGGAGAGUUGAUAAAGAGUAUUUUAUUCCCAAAACAAUUUGAUUUCCAAUUCUACAAGGAUGCUGUUAAAUUCGUCAUAUUCAUGUUCUGUAUCGCCGCUAUCGGCAUGGGCUAUUCUAUUUGGCUCUAUGUUGUCAGAGGUAGUCCAAUUGGCACGAUAGUUCUUCGUACUCUGGAUAUAAUAACGAUAGUGGUACCACCAGCGCUGCCAGCAGCUAUGACCGCUGGUAUCGUGUACAGUCAGCAACGACUCAAGAGGAACAAAGUAUUUUGUGUGUCACCACCAAGGAUUAUUAUCUGUGGCAAACUACAGGUCAUGUGCUUUGAUAAGACGGGAACUUUGACUGAGGACGGUCUGGAUCUGUAUGCGGUGAUACCACACAACAGAGGCGAGAAAUUCGGUCAUUGUGUUGAGAAUGUGUCCGCACUGCAGAAUAAGAGUCCGCUAGUACAAGCACUGGCCUCAUGUCAUUCACUCACAAGUAUACAGGGACAGCUGAAAGGAGAUCCCUUGGAUUUGAAGAUGUUUGAAUUCACACAAUGGGACCUUGAGGAGCCAGGUCCAGAGAACACAAGAUACGACAACCUGACCCCAGCUAUUGUGAAACCAAAAACAACACCAAACAUGGAUUUACAAAAUUUGGAAACAUAUGACCCUUUCACUAUGGAAAUGGAAGUACCCUAUGAGAUUGGUCUGAUACGUAGAUUCCACUUCUCAUCGUCUCAACAAUCUAUGGGCGUCAUAGCCAGAAUACUCGGGAAGCCUCAAAUGGUGUAUUACGUAAAGGGUGCUCCGGAGAAGAUAGCUGGAAUGUGUGACCCAGCGUCACUACCAGAUAAUUUCAGUGCAAUACUCAACGACUACACGUCUAACGGCUUCCGAGUGAUCGGCCUCGCUUACAAGACACUAGAUCGAAAGAUGAAAUGGACUGAGACACAGCGCGUUAAGAGGGAGACUCUGGAAUGCGAUAUGACGUUUCUAGGCUUUCUAGUCAUGCAAAAUAGCCUUAAACCUGAAACAACGCAUAUUAUUAAAGACCUACACGCGGCUAAUAUGAGACAGAUUAUGGUUACCGGGGAUAACAUAAUGACGGCCAUGUCUGUAGCUCGUGGAUGUAACAUGGUCCAGCCCCAUCAGAAACUGUUGUUGGUAACCCUAGGCCCACCACAAACGACUGAUACAAGACCGCCCCUCGCUAUGGAGGUAGUUGGUGAGGGCUGUCCUCCUAAGCUGUCUAUUGAUGCCUAUGUUUGGGCCAUGGAAGGAAAGACAUGGGCUGUUAUUCGUACACACUAUCCUGAACUCUUGCCUUCCGUCAUUAAUAAAGGGAUGGUGUUUGGUCGUUUCGGUCCAGAUCAAAAAACCCAGUUGGUGACAGCCCUACAGGCGGAAGGUCUCAUAGUGGGGAUGUGUGGGGACGGAGCCAACGACUGCGGCGCUCUUAAAGCUGCCCACGUGGGUGUAUCACUCUCAGAGGCUGAUGCGUCUGUUGCGGCUCCAUUUACAUCGCAAGAACAGAACAUAAGAUGUGUGAAACUGCUUGCACUCGAAGGUCGUUGCGCUCUAAGCACAUCCUUUGCUAUCUUCAAAUAUAUGGCUCUCUAUUCCCUCAUACAGUUCUUCUCCAUACUUAUACUGUAUAAUUUCUACUCAAUCCUCGGCAACAAUCAGUUCCUAUACAUUGACUUAGUUCUAACAACUCUGCUAGCACUAUCUUUAGGCAGAGCGUCUCCCGGCCCGAUACUUACAAAACAAUCACCUCCCGUCUCUCUAGUCGCUAUGACAAGUAUAUUACCGCUGAUUAUACAAGUUUUGGUAGUACUUAUUAUACAGCUGGCAUCGAUUUAUCUGCUGCAAUCUCAAAUCUGGUUCACGCCAGUUGAAGGUGGUCCAGAUGUCGAACAAGUUUUGUGUUGGGAAAAUACAGUGAUAUUUAUAAUUACGUCAUUCCAGUACUUAAUUAUGGCAUGUGUUUAUGCAAAGGGAUGGCCCUUCCGUCAACCUUUCUGUGCUAAUUACUACAUGGUAGUUACAUUAAUGACUCAAGCUGUGUUCGUGACGGUUCUACUUCUCUGUCCAUGGAAGUGGUUGGCUGACUUCAUGGAGAUAGAAGUUAUGAAUAUUGUUCAACAAGAACAGAAUAUAUUCAGAGUCUAUCUGUUGCUUAUACCGGUCUUACAUCUGAUAUUGGCCAUCGCUGUUGAGGCAACCCUCUCGGACGAGGAUCGUUUCUCGUCUAUAUUCAAGUUCUUCCGUCGUCGGUACAGAGUGAAGGAGGACAUCUCUGGUGACGCAGCCUGCCCGCUGUGGCCUCCACGAUCACCCUCACAUAUAUGCUGA